UUGAUGUGAGUCAUUCGGCUUCUUGACAGUUGACUCACUUUUCUUUCUUCUUGUUCUUCUUCCAGCGUGGCGGACUUUUGGACCCAAACUUUGACAUCCAGCUGCCAUCGAAGGCUUUUCUUCUAUUUUGACGUUUUCUGAGCGCAACGUGGAACUUGUUGUGGAAAUUUUUGGGCUGCGUGUUGCUUCAGUUGUUUUUGUUUUGUAUGUGUGGAGGGGCGGCUGGCGGUUUUGGCAGGCAAGUGAGCGAGGAGGGGCGUCCCAUGCAGGCAGGUGGUGGAUGGCAGCCCCCCGCAAGAAGAAGAGGAAGCAGGCCAGCAGGGAUGCCGACUCGCUCAGCCUCUGCACUCUGGACAUCAGUGAGCCGAGUGCCAAGCGCAGCAAAGCGUUGGUCUCCGGGGUGACAUCCCUAGCCAGCCUGCUGCCUAUCAAGACGGCACCGCUCAAAAGGUUCGGCCAGACGCUGCAGCGUUCCAUCAGCUUCCGCACAGAGCGAGCACUUCCGCCGCCGCCGCCACCUCUUCCUCCUCCUCGGGCUCCUGCCACCUCCUUCUCCUCCUCCUCUUCCUCCUCCUCCAUGAAGACCCGGGUGACCUCAGCAGCCAAGUCCAACUCCUGCUCUUCCACAACUUCCUCUUCCUCUGGCUCCACACUAUCCAGGGUUGCCACGGGGACCGGCUCAGCCGCCAAGCGUCGUGACAGCAAACUCUGGAGCGAGACAUUCGAUGUCCACUUGGGGGCGACGCAAACGCUCAGCCCCAAAGACAUCAAGCGACAGGAGGCCAUUUUUGAGCUGGCUCAGGGUGAGCAAGAUCUGGUGGAUGAUCUCAAAUUAGCAAAAAAGGCUUACCACGACCCAAUGCUGACGCUGUCCAUCAUGACCGAGCAAGAACUGAACCAGAUCUUCAGUACUCUGGACUCACUGAUCCCUCUUCAUGAAGACCUGCUGAGUCGCCUCUGCCAAGCCAGGAACCCAGACGGGUCCACGGAACAUGUCGGACAGAUCCUGACCGAGUGGCUGCCGUGUCUGUCAUCGUACACGGCAUACUGCAGCAACCAGGUCUGGGCCAAGGCCUUGCUGGACCAGAAGAAGCAGAACCUGCGGGUACAGGACUUCCUGCAGCGCUGCCAGCAGUCGCCCUUCAGCAGGAAAUUGGACCUGUGGAACUUCCUGGACAUCCCGCGCAGCCGGCUGGUCAAGUACCCGCUGCUUCUGCGCGAGAUCCUCAAGCACACGCCCGACCAUCACCCGGACCGGCCGCAUCUGGACCAGGCGAUGCUGCUGGUCCAAGGCUUGGUGGGCGACAUCAACAGGCACACAGGCGAGUCUGAGUGUGAGUUCUACAAGGACCGGCUGCUCUACACCGAGGUGGGCCACAGGGACGCCCUCAUUCAACGCUCCAGGACGCUCAGCUGCCACGGCGAGCUCAAGAACAACAGAGGACUGAAGCUCCACGUGUUCCUGUUCCAAGACGUGCUGGUCAUCACCCGUGCUGUGGCGCUCAACGAGCAGCCCGUCAGCUACCAGCUGUGCCGGCGACCCAUCCCCAUCCGCCAGCUGGACCUGGAGGACCUGGAGGACGGCGAGAUGAGAGUGGGCGGCUCCAUCCGGGGAGCUUUCAGCAACAACGAGCGCACAAAGAACUUCUUCCGCGUGUCAUACCGGGUUUCGGGUGGCGCACUGCAGAGUCACUGCUUCCAGGCCAGCGACGCUUUCAACAAGCAGCAGUGGCUCAACUGCAUCCGCCAGGCCAAGGAGGCGGCGCAGGCCCAAACGGCACGCCAAGACGCCUCGUGUUCGGCAGAUGAAGUUACGGCGGAGCUGGAAUCAGAGGAGGGGAUGGACCCGGAGACGGAGGACAAUAAAAGGCUGCACGAGGAAGGAAAAGCAGAGACAGGAAGUGAGGCGGCUGCGGGCAUGGAGACGGGACAGGUCGAGCUGAGGGUCAAAAUGGAGAACAACAUUGGUGAGAGCCACAAUGGUGAUGCUGAGGAGGAAAUGGAGGAGGCGCUCAACAGUGACGAGGAGUACGUACGAUGCUGAUGUUUGCAAGUCAAGUUUAUUUAUAUAGCCCUAAAUCACAAACAAGUCUCAAAGUGCUUCACAUAUACAAAAAAAAAA